GAGCUUUUAGUGUAUAUGAAGGACGGUAUUUUCCCCGAGGGAUCCAUGGCACCCAACCUACAAGAUGAGCAGAUGUACCGCUGUGAAGACUGUGAUGAGCUGUUCUCCUCAACACUUGAGCUGCGGCGGCACCAGAAGUAUUCUUGCUCCAGUGCCGGUUCCAUAUUUGACACACUGAGAGAGGACUUCAAACAGGAACGAGAGGACAGCGACGAGCCUGUCCACGAGUGUAAAGACUGUGAGAAGAUCUUCCCAAAUGAGUACAGUCUGGGCCAACACAUGAUAGUCCAUACAGAAGAGAGGGAGUACAAGUGUGACCAGUGUCCCAAAGCCUUCAACUGGAAGUCCAACCUCAUCCGUCACCAGAUGUCACAUGAUAGUGGCAAACGCUUUGAGUGUGAAAACUGUGAUAAGGUACAGCAUACCCGGCACGUAUUCACAGAUCCCAGCAACCUUCAGCGCCACAUCCGCUCCCAGCACGUGGGGGCACGUGCUCACACAUGUCCGGAGUGUGGCAAGACCUUUGCCACCUCUUCAGGCCUCAAGCAGCAUAAGCACAUCCACAGCAGUGUCAAACCCUUUAUCUGCCCUGAUGGGCUGCGUCUUUUUGUUCCCCCAGGCGAGGUGUGCCACAAAUCCUAUACCCAGUUCUCCAACCUCUGCCGCCACAAGCGUAUGCAUGCUGACUGCCGCACCCAGAUUAAGUGCAAGGACUGUGGGCAGUUGUUCAGCACUACCUCCUCCCUCAACAAGCAUCGCCGCUUCUGUGAGGGCAAAAACCAUUACGGCUCUCCAGCAGGGAUGUUCAAUCCUGGUAUCCCCAUGAGCUCCAGCCCCAUCAUGGCCAAGGUCAAGUCCCACCAUCCCCACCUUGCUGGUCUAAACCAGUCAGGUUUAGGCUUCACUGACUACUUUCCCUCCAGACCUCACCCUCAUGCUGGCUUGCCCUUCUCGCCAGGACCCCAUGGCUUCCCAUCCCUCGCACAUGGUUUCCCAGGUAUCUUCCCCCCAUCACUAUAUCCGCGACCGCCUUUAUUGCCGGCCAGCCCGUUGAUAAAGAGCCCACUGGGCAGCAGCAGUCAGGAGGUAAAGCUGCCUCGGAGUCCCCUAGAUGCCCCUCCACUGUCCCUGGUUAGCUCCACAAACAGCAAUGGAGGUAACAGUUUGAGUCAAGGGGAAGACAAAGAGAGAGAGAACAAACUGGAUUUGUCUUCUAGUGGAGAAGCCAAGCCAAAAUCUAAGAUGGUUGACAUGUCUGAUGGUAGUGACCUUGAAGAUGUUAAUACCACAAGUGGGACAGAUUUGGACACCACCACUGGUACCGCUUCAGGUGAUGGUUCUGACCUGGACAGUGAUGGAGAGAGUGAACGUGAGCGAAGUGGUAAAAGAAGGAAGCCGUCUGGAGCCACAUCAAGUCAAGAAGGCAACCAAUUAGAAGACACAAAUAGUGCGUUGUUAUCAGCCGUGUCUAGUUCGGGGAACCUCGCUAUUGAUCGCCCUUUUCUCUCUUCUGCAUCAACUCAGCACUCCUUCUUCCCACCACCUGAUGAGCAAGCCCUCCCUCCAACCACCACAAAUGCCAAUGCAGUCACCACUGAUUCCAUCAAAGCCAUCGCCUCUAUUGCUGAGAAAUAUUUUGGUCCAGGUUUGAUUGGUCUUCAUCAGGAGAAGAAGAUGGGUCCGUUGCCCUACCACUCCAUGUUUCCCUUCCAGUUCCUGCCCAACUUCCACAACUCUCUAUAUCCAUUCAGUGCUGAUCGAGGUGCUCUCAAUCCUAACAUGUUCUUUAAGGCAGAGCCCAAGUCACCUCGUGAGCAACUGCAUAAGAUGGUUUCUGGGGCCCCAGAAGCUCCUGCUCAUACAGCAGAAUCACCAUUUGAUCUCACCAUAAAGCCCAAGGAGGCCAAGUUAGCUCCUCCCACCCCAACAAACCCCUCAAACCCAAACAGUAGUACUGGAAGUAGUAGUGGACCUUUAGCAAUAUCUAGUGGUGAAGAACAGCCACUGGAUCUCAGCAUAGGCAGCCGGAACCGAGGUGGUCAUAAUGGUGUGACAGCUGAGCCACAAAAUCGAAAGAACCACAUGUAUGGAGUUGGAAAAGGGUGCUCCAUCAAGGAUGAAACCCCAGCUGGGUUUCCACUCAUCCAUUCCCAGUCAUUGCACCAAUCCUCCAUUACCCCGCACCAGCAGCACCAGGCACAGCCACACCAGCCACCACCCCUGCACUAUGCCAAGCCCUCCGCAUUCUUCAUGGACCCCAUAUACAGCAGGGUGGAGAAGAGGAAGCUACUUGACCCCGUAGGAGCCCUGAAGGAGAAGUUCCUCAGGCCUUCACCACCACUCUUCCAUCCACAGAUGUCAGCCAUGGAGAACAUGACAGAGAAGCUGGAGAGCUUUGGCGCCCUUAAACUGGACACGCCGCCCAAUUCACUGCAACAUUCGGCUCAUCCACUGUUCAACUUCCGCUCACCACCACCUUCUCUCUCAGACGCCAUCCUACGCAAGGGCAAGGAGCGCUACGCCUGCAGGUACUGUGGGAAAAUCUUCCCUCGUUCAGCAAACCUCACCAGACACUUGCGGACACACACAGGCGAACAGCCAUACAGGUGUAAAUACUGUGACCGCUCAUUCAGCAUCUCAUCCAAUCUUCAACGCCACGUUCGCAACAUCCAUAACAAGGAGAAACCCUUCAAGUGUCACCUGUGCAACCGCUGCUUUGGUCAGCAAACCAACCUCGACCGCCAUCUCAAGAAGCACGAGCAUGAGAACAUUCCUGUGAGCCAACAGUCCGGGAUGCUUUCCAACCUAGGAACCACCAUCUCCUCGCCAAACUCCGAGCCAGACAAUCAUGCACUUUUAGAUGAGAAGGAGGACUCAUACUUCUCAGAAAUCCGCAACUUCAUUUCCAACAGUGAGAUGAACCAGGCCUCCAGCUCUACAGAUAAGAGAUCAGACCAGGCAGAGGAGGAGCGCCCACCCAGCCACAGUUUGUCUAACUCCAAGCUAGGGCUUCAGGGGCUGGAGGAGGAGGAAGAGGAAGCAGAGGGCGACGAUGAGGAGGAGGAGGAAGGCAGCCUGACAGAAAAGUCUCACGAUGAAGCGCCUGAGUCCCCGUCUCCUGUCACAACAGGAGUGUAUGAGGAGGACGAGGAGGAGGAAGAGACAGAGACGGCUCCAUUAUCUAUGAGCUACGAACACACUCGCAGGUGUAUAGAGGAGGAGGGCUCUCUCUUGGAUCUUGAGGGUCUGCCCAGCUUUCCCAAGAGCCUGGAUGGGUUACGUAAAGCAGCCAGUGACGAGCAACCCUUUGAUGUUAAAGACAUAUUUAACACUUCACUAGAGUCGGAAGCAUUGAAAGAGACAUUGUACAGGCAGGCUAAAACCCAGGCUUAUGCAAUGAUGCUGUCUCUCUCGGAGAACAACCCUCUGCACGCGCCCUCCCAGAACUCUCUGGAUGCUUGGCUGAGCAUGGGAGGUGGACCGUCUGAGACGAGCAGCUUUCACCCGCUCAACCACAUCUAGAAGAGAGAGAGAAAGAGAGGA